AUUAAUUACAUCAUUUACUUUAGGGAAAGAUAUCCGAAAAUCAGAAAAAUGAUAAGAUACAUUAUCUAAUUUCCUUUUAUUGAUACGGUUUAUGAUUUUAAUCAAUUUUCUAUCUGUCCGAAAAACAGUAGGAGAGAUUUGGGUGUUAAUUGAUUGAGUUUGAGAAUUGAGAAAUUAGGGUUUUUUUUUGGUUCUCUGAUCUGAAACUUGGGUAGAAGAAAAAAAUGGAGGAAGUUGAAGCUGCUAACAAAUCAGCUAUUGAAAGCUGUCAUGGAGUGUUAAGUCUCUUGUCACAACAAACCAGUGAUCCCAAAUCCUUAAUGGUUGAAACAGGAGAAGCAAUUUCCAAGUUCAAGAGAGUAGCUUCUCUGUUAACUAGAGGGUUAGGCCAUGGAAAGUUUAGGAGUAUCAACAAGUUUAGGUCAUCUUUUCCUCAACAAAUCUUCUUAGAGAGCCCUAUUUGCUGUGGUAAUGAUUUAAGUGGUGAUUACACUCAAGUUCUUGCACCAGAGCCACUUCAGAUGGUUCCAGCUUCUGCUGUUUAUAAUGAAAUGGAGCCAAAACACCAAUUGGGUCAUUCUCCAUUGAUGCUUAGUCACAAAAUGUGUGUUGACAAGUCGUUUCUGGAGUUAAAGCCACCGCCUUUUCGUGCUCCUUAUCAGUUAAUCCACAACCACCAGCAGAUAGCUUACUCUAGGAGCAAUAGCGGUGUAAACCUUAAGUUUGAUGGAUCUGGUAGUAGUUGCUAUACUCCGAGUGUAUCAAACGGAUCAAGAUCAUUCAUAUCAUCUCUUAGUAUGGAUGCUAGUGUAGCAGACUACGAUAGGAACUCGUUCCAUUUGACCGGAUUAUCCCGUGGGUCUGACCAUAUAUCGCAGCAUUCCCGGAAGAUGUGCUCUGGUAGUUUGAAAUGCGGAAGUAGAAGCAAAUGUCAUUGUUCCAAGAAAAGGAAACUGAGGGUAAAACGAUCAAUCAAGGUGCCUGCAAUCAGUAACAAGAUUGCGGAUAUCCCUCCAGAUGAGUAUUCAUGGAGGAAGUAUGGACAGAAACCGAUAAAGGGUUCACCGCAUCCACGGGGAUACUAUAAAUGCAGCAGUGUGAGAGGUUGUCCAGCAAGGAAGCAUGUGGAGCGAUGUAUCGAUGAAACUUCAAUGUUAAUUGUAACUUACGAAGGCGAGCAUAACCAUUCAAGAAUAUUGUCUUCACAAUCAGCUCAUACCUGAUGAAACAGAGUCUAAUAUGCCUGUCCCUUUUACGUCUACUCUUGGAUUUGAAAGAACAAUGAAUUUGAUUCAAGAAACCGCUCUUUGUAGCUCUGAUUUGCAAUUGUAUAUUUCACUUUGACAUGAGUUAUAAGAGCACUUGUGAACUCGGAUUCUGUGGUGGCAGACAGUAGCAAGAAACAUCAACAAUUUGGUUUCUACCGAGCUUUUUCUUAGAUAUAUGUAUGCAACAAUAUAUAAGGUUUAUUUAU